CAAAAUGCUUCCCUGUCACCGGAUGCCGCGGCUCUUGGCGCUGCAUGGCUUCGGCGGCACUUUCGGUGCGCUGGCGCCACGGGACCUGGCGCGAUUGGCAGCGCCCAUGGGUGCCAAGGAGAUCAUCUGCCUGAUCGCCCCCAACCGCCAUGCCUCUGGCAUCCCUGCUUGGUUCUCUGGCGACCAGUCACCAGCAGGUCGCUACAACGGCUGGAGCCUCACAGAACAGCGUUGGGCGGAAUUGGCAGAGUCCACGGCGUGCGCAACCGGGCGGCGGCCACCGCCCUUGGUGCCAGAGGAUCUGCCACCGGCUGAUCCCUGGGCAGAUUGGAGCGAUGAAGGCUUCCAUGAGAGUUGGAGAUGCUUGGAGGAGGAGUGGCGGCGUGGCAACUACGAUGGGCUAAUUGGCUUCUCCCAGGGCGCUUUGAUGUCCGUCCUCUUCACCCAGCUCCUCAGCAAAAGACGCGACACCGCGGGCGAAGCCGCCUCGCCGCCAAAGCUUUUGAUCCUUUGCGGUGGCUUUGCAGCACCCUCGCCGCCGGCGUGCCGUGGAGCUUGGCCGCCACGUGAGCGCCUGAAGGUGCCGUCCUUCCAUCUGUGGGGACGCGACGAUCCCAUCGUGGCGAACCUGCGUUCAAGGGAGCUGGCUGAUCUCUUUCAUCAGCCUUGUUUCUACGAGCACCAGCUCGUUGCGCCCAACGACCACAAGCUGGGGAGCCACACCUUUCCGUGGCCUGAUGGUGAUACAGAAGCCUUCAAGGCCUUGAGAAGCUUCAUGGUGACUCGGCCAACGUGACACGACAUCCGGCACGCAACGUCACGGCGGUGGAUUGGUCGUGGUUUGCCUUUGAGCAAUUCGGAGGACGCAGCGAAGGUGCUUUCGCCGGUGGCCAAAAAGGAUCUCCAGCCUGUCCUGUUCGGUAGCAGUGUUUUCAAUUUCUCGAUUG